AUGGCCGUUAAAUCUCAACCAACAAAGGAAACAAGCAAAGACAAGGAAAAGGGAAGGGAGAAAUUGCAAUUGAAAUGGCAGCUAACGCCAUCUGUUCUCCUCCACUCACAACUUCACCCUCACCAUCAUCAUCAUCUUCGUCGAAAAACCUCAUCUUUGCAAAAAAGACUGCAUUUUUACCAUCAUCAACAUCAUGUUCUGUAAUGGGAGCUUCGAAAUUUGGCAUCAAGAAAAGAAGCUGCGAGAGGCUGGGAGUGGUGAAAUGCAUGGCAUCUGCUGCGCCGUCUGUUCUUCCAAAAGCCCUCUUGUUCGAUUGUGAUGGUGUCUUGGUUGACACCGAGAAAGAUGGCCAUCGCGUUUCUUUCAACGACACUUUUGCUGAAAAAGAGUUGGGAGUAACAUGGGACGUGGAUCUGUAUGGCGAGUUGCUGAAAAUCGGGGGAGGAAAAGAGAGGAUGACGGCCUACUUCAAUAAGGUCGGGUGGCCAGACAAGGCACCAACGACUGAACAGGACAGGAAGGACUUCAUCGCAUCUCUUCACAAGCGAAAGACUGAGCUGUUUAUGGCACUGAUCGAGAAGAAACUGCUCCCUCUUCGACCUGGUGUUGCCAAGUUAGUAGAACAGGCUCUCGGGAAUGGAGUGAAGGUUGCUGUUUGCAGCACUUCGAAUGAGAAGGCGGUGUCUGCUGUAGUUUCUUUCUUGUUAGGAGCUGAGAGAGCAGAACAGAUUCAGAUAUACGCUGGAGACGUGGUUCCUCGUAAGAAGCCCGAUCCAGCAAUCUAUCUCUUAGCUGCAGAGACAUUAGGUGUCGAACCUUCAAGUUGUGUUGUCAUUGAAGACAGUGGGAUUGGCCUUGCAGCUGCCAAAGCUGCAGGAAUGACGUGUAUCGUGACAAAGAGCGGGUACACGGGUGAUGAGGAUUUUGAGAAGGCAGAUGCCGUUUUCGACUUCAUCGGAGAUCCGCCGGAGGAGCGGUUUGACUUGGCAUUCUGUGGAAGCCUCCUUGAGAAACAAUAUGUUAGUUAAAGAAAACUCAAGUCUUUUUCAUUCAUUGUAUGAGUUUGUGUUUCUUGAUGUUUUUCCCCUCUUCUUUAAAUAAACAUGGCCGAGUUGUAAUAAUUGUUUUGGUAGAAGCAAUGGGGUUUAAUUUAUA